AUGAGUGGCACCAGCCGUCUCUUGCCCCCAGUGCUUGUGCCUGAACCAGAAGAGGAUCCAGAACAUUCUGAGACAUAUAUGUCUGUUCUGUGGUUUGCAGGACAGCUUGCAAUCACCUACUAUGACACAGAAGAUUGCUCGAUUUACUUCAUGCCUGACACACCAGAUAACGAAGACCUCAAACUACUGCAGAAAGUUAUUGGGGAAGUUCUACCUCAAUGCAUAGUGACCAGUGCAAAGCAGGACCAGAACAUUUCCAAAUUCCUGACUGACCUAAGGGAUUCUGGUGACGAGAAAGAUACAAGAAAACCAGAAAUUGUCUUGUUUCCUAAUAUAGAUUUUGGCCUGGAAGUCAGCAAGCAACGGAUCUUAUCUAGGCAAUUCCCAUUUAUCCCGUCUCAUAUGACUGCAACAGAGAAAAUUCUCUACUUGUCCUCAAUCAUUCCUUUCGAGAGCCCACUCAUGAUACGAGCACUAGGAGGACUCCUGAAGUUCCUGGACAGGAGAAGGGUUGGGGUUGAGCUAGAAGACAGCUCUGUUGUAGUUCCUAUUUUGGCCUUUAAAAAGUUUCUGCUGUCAGAUAUUGUGAAUAUGGACCAAGAUACUUACUGUGUCCUGCAGAUAUUUAAAAGUGAUAUCCAUCCUUCUGUGUACAAGUUGUCCAGUGGAUUAAAAGAAGGAUUCAGUUUAUAUGGGAUUUUAAACCGCUGCAGGUGCAAGUGGGGAGAAAAACUGCUGAGGCUGUGGCUUACACGACCUACGCGGAACUUGACAGAGCUGAACAAACGACUAGAUGUUAUUCACUUCUUCCUCCUGGCUCAGAACCAUGAAACAGUCCUCACCCUUCAAGACUGCCUCAAGAAUAUAAAAAAUGUGCCUCUUAUUCUAAAAAGAAUGACCCUUUCCAACACAAAAGUUAGUGACUGGCAAGCACUCUAUAAGACAGUGUACAGUGCCGUGUGCCUCAGAGACACAUGUCGUUCUCUACCCAACACUAUUGAACUCUUUCAGACUAUUUCACGUGUAUUCACUGACGAUCUUCACUACAUUGCUAGCCUAAUCAGCAAAGUGGUGGACUUUGAUGCAAGCAUCUCAGAGAACCGUUUCACUGUUAGACCAAAUGUGGAUCCCACCAUUGAUGAAAAGAAACGAAAGCUAAUGGGAUUGUCAGACUUCCUUACUGAAGUGGCCCGAAAAGAAUUGGAGACCUUGGACGACCAUAUUCCUUCCUGUUGUGUGAUCUACAUUCCGUUGAUUGGGUUUCUUCUUUCCAUUCCACGGCUACCAACUAUGGUGGACAAGAGUGACUUUGAAAUUGAAGGCUUGGACUUCAUGUUCUUGUCAGAGGAUAAGCUGCAUUACAGAAGUGCUAGGACAAAGGAGCUAGACAGCAUGCUGGGUGACUUGCACUGUGAGAUAAGGGACCAGGAAACACUUAUCAUGCACCAGCUGCAGACAAAGAUCCUGGAGAAGUCUGAAGUGCUCAGCAGUGUGAUUGAGUAUACGGCACACCUGGAUGUGCUGCUAGCUUUGGCAGUGAUGGCCCGGGAGAACGCUUACUGCCGGCCACAUUUCACUCACCGCCACGGCUUCCAUAUCAAGGAUGGACGACAUCCACUUAUGGAACUAUGUGCAAAGACUUUUGUGUCCAAUCCUGUGAACAGUGGCGAGGCUACUGGUCGAAUAAAGAUCAUCACAGGGCCGAAUUCAUCUGGAAAGAUUUAGCAAGUAGGUCUUAUAAUAUUUAUGGCUCUAAUUGGCAGUUAUGUCUCUGCAGCAGAGGCUGAGAUUGGAGCAAUCGAUGGGAUUUACACCAGAAUCCACAGUAGGGAAUCGGUUUCGGUAGGACUCUCCACUUUCAUGAUUGAUCUCAACCAGGUUGCCAAGGCAGUAAACAAUGCUACAGAGAGGUCCUUGGUACUUAUUGAUGAGUUUGGCAAAGGGACCAACACAGUGGAUGGCCUCUCCCUUCUAGCUGCUGUCCUGAGGUACUGGAUCAAUAAAGGAAGCCAGUGUCCACAGGUCUUUGUCUCUACUAAUUUUCACAGCUUGAUGCAAUUAGAACUCCUACCCAACACACCUCUUCUGCAAUACUUGACCAUGGAGACCCACCAAGAUGGAGACGAGCUGAUUUUCUUCUACCAGAUUAAACAGGGCAUAUCCACUGUCAGUCAUGCUGCCAACAUUGCCGCAUUAGCUGGAAUGCCAGCCAAAAUUAUUGAAAGAGGAGUGGAAAUAUCAGAACUGAUUCGCAGUGGGAAAGCUAUUGAACGUGUUGAUCACCCUUCAAAAGGGGACCAGAUGGAAAAAUGCAAGUCUCUUGUGGAGAAGUUUCUUUGCCUAGACCUUGAUGAUCCCAGUGUGGAUUUAGAAGAGUUCAUGCGUAAAGAGGUGCUGCCUUCUGCAGCCUCAGUUCUGUAA